UUUAUUUCAGCAUUUAUUUCUUUCAUCACAUUCCCAAGUUGGUCAGAAGUUUACAUACUCUCAAUUAGUAUUUGGUAGUACUGCCUUUAAAUUGUUUAAAGGCUUUUUCAUUUUCAGACCUGGACUUUGAUUUUUUACGCCACUCAGCACCUAUUUGUGUUUAUCAUUUUUGCUCUUAUUUUUCAAAAACAUAGGACAUGUGUCAAACACAAGGCUCGGGACACAUUUCUAUCAGCGGGGCAAUGAUUUGGGCCCACUUCCGUACCGCCAUGAUGCGCUGCACUAUAAGUCACAGCAAGCACUGCCAACUUGCUGCAAGCUACAGUGCAUUGCCACACACACACCCCUCCUCCCAGAACCACACACACACACACCCACACACAAGCAAGCCAAUGGGCUUCUACCAAACCAAAAGUUUAAACAUGUUGUAGGUUAAAUGUCCAUGCCAAGUUUCGGUUCCAACGGCUCAUUGUUGUUGCUUACAGAAAAUGUCAUCUUGAUUGUCAAAAAGUUAUAAGAUAAAGGAUUCAUGUACUGGUAUAAACUACUACUAAAGGACAAUAGGACACAAAACAAGUAUAAAUGAGUCAACAGUUGAGUCUUCUACUUUAUGAAAUUACAGCUUGGUGAAUUCAACUUCAAUUGCGCUGCUUUCGUGUCUCCCGUUUACAGCGUGCAGGGAAAGUGUACAGACACAUGCCACAGUCUCAGCUAGGCUACUCAAAUGGUGUAGGCUUCGGUUUUUAAAGCUUGACAAUGAAUAACCAAACAACUAAACCUGCAACAGAACACCAUGCAGAGGACUUAACAUAUAGCCUAGGCUGGCUACUCAACUACAAGACUUUUUGAGUGCUCCUUAUAUUGUUUUAACAUGUUAAAAUUCUAUAUAGAUUAAUAUUCUUAUUUUUCGACAGUGUGUGGGUCUUUCAUUAAAAUGCUGUAUACAGCAGCCUGUACACAGCAUAAGUAGACAUUAUAAAGCGCCAUAUUUUUUCAAAUAAAACAAUGGCCAGUUGUAUGCACUUUCUUUUGUAAAAACAAACAUAAUAGGUUAUGUCUGGUCCGCGAAUUCCUUGUGUUUUUUCAAUAUGGCCUGUGCGCUGAUUGAGUUUGACACUCCUUGACAUAGGAAGUACCGUGACUAGAUAAGAGAGGAACACAGUCCUCCCCUGGAUGGCAUAGCGACUGUACACUCUAGUAGUCUGAGGUUGUGCUUAGAACUAAAUGUUGAACAGGAUUAGAAUGAAACAGUGGUGGACAAACUUCUCUAACCCCGUCCUUGUCAUCAUCCUCCAGGCAGGCUCCUUCAUGGUGCUUGGCUUGGCGUCUAUGCUGGUCCCUCUGUGUGUCAGGUUUGAGGGGCUGGUUGCAGUGUGUCUACUGCUGGGGCUGUGUGACGGCUGCGUCAUCACCCUCAUGGCCCCUGUGACAUUUGAACUGGUGGGCCCCCAGAGAGCCUCCCAGGCCAUCGGCUACCUGAUGGGCCUCAUGGCCCUCCCCAUGACCGCCGGACCCCCCCUCGCAGGGCUACUCCAUGACCACUUUGGAGAUUACCACAUGGCCUUCUACCUGGCUGGGGUUCCUCCCAUGGUCGGAGGUGUCCUGCUCUUCUUUGUCCCGAAUGUUCAUCAACGCCUAUUGGAGGGCCAGCAAGAAACCCUCCCAAGACCCAGCCCUGACCUCCAGCUAUCCCCUCCUGGCUCUGACCACCAGUCCCCUCCCAUCCCUGGUCACCAGCUCCCCCCAACCAGCCCUGACCACCAGUCCCCUCCCAUCCCUGGUCACCAGCUGCCCCCAACCAGCCCUGACCUCCAGCUAUCCCCUCCUGGCUCUGACCACCAGUCCCCUCCCAUCCCUGGUCACCAGCUGCCCCCAACCAGCCCUGACCUCCAGCUAUCCCCUCCUGGCUCUGACCACCAGUCCCCUCCCAUCCCUGGUCACCAGCUCCCCCCAACCAGCCCUGACCACCAGUCCCCUCCCAUCCCUGGUCACCAGCUGCCCCCAACCAGCCCUGACCUCCAGCUAUCCCCUCCUGGCUCUGACCACCAGUCCCCUCCCAUCCCUGGUCACCAGCUGCCCCCAACCAGCCCUGACCUCCAGCUAUCCCCUCCUGGCUCUGACCACCAGUCCCCUCCCAUCCCUGGUCACCAGCUCCCCCCAACCAGCCCUGACCAACAGUCCCCUCCCAUCCCUGGUCAUCACCAUCGCUGCCACGACUCAAGAAUGUUGCCAACAGUAAACAAUCACUGCUCUGGCUCCUGUUCCACAUCUCACCACCCAACUAUCUUGCUCUGGAUUUUACUCACCACCAUUACCUUGGAUUCCCCUUAGGACCUGUUUACCCUGUUCUACUUAGAUAACUCUGACUUCAGUCUCCACAUCUGUUUUUUCUGCAACUCAUCCGAGCUUCACCGGAUCUGCACUCCAUGUCUUUCUGUGUAACAAUAAAUAUUUUGGUUAAUUCA